CCAACUCGGACAGGCUGCUCAUUUAUUGCAACGGUCAAGGGCGGCUCGUGCCAGAGUAGCGCGCGCGCGCACGCACACACACGGGGAGGGGAGAAAGUUUUUUUUUGAAAAAUGAAAGGCUAGACUCGCUGCUCAGCGACCCGGGCGCUGUGCGAGGGGGUCGCGGCAGACUCAGGGCAGUAGGACUUCUCCCAGCUCGGCGCCCGCGUGGGAUGCUGCAGCGCUGGCCGCGGGGCCCCCGAAGCAGCUGCACGCCAGGCCGGCGACAAUGGCAGAGCGCCCGGCGCGGCGCGCGCCCCCCGCCCGCGCCCUCCUGCUGGCCCUGGCUGGGGCCCUGCUGGCGCCCCAUGCAGCCCGAGGGAUGAGUUCCUGGGACCAGAGAGGAGCUUACGAAGUGGCCAGAGCCUCCCUUCUGAGCAAGGACCCUGGGAUCCCAGGACAGAACAUCCCCGCCAAGGAUCAUCCAGAUGUGCUAACUGUGCAACUGCAGCUGGAGAACCGAGAACUGAUCCUCAGCCUGGAAAGGAAUGAGGGACUCAUUGCCAAUGGCUUCACGGAGACCCAUUAUCUGCAAGAUGGUACUGAUGUCUCCCUCACUCGAAAUUACACGGAUCAUUGUUACUACCAUGGACAUGUGCAAGGUGAUGCUGCAUCGGUGGUCAGCCUCAGUACUUGCUCUGGUCUCAGGGGACUAAUCGUGUUUGAAAAUAAAACCUACAGCUUAGAACCGAUGAAAAACACCACUGACAGAUACAAACUUGUCCCAGCUGAGAACAUGAAGAACAUCCAAGGGCUGUGUGGGUCACAGCAUAACAAGUCCAGCCUCACCAUGGAAGAUGUCUCCCCUGAACCCUCUCAAAUGUGGGCAAGAAGGCAUAAGAGAGAGACCCUUAAGAUGACCAAGUACGUAGAGCUGGUUAUUGUGGCAGACAACAGAGAGUUUCAGAGGCAAGGAAAAGACCUGGAGAAAGUUAAGCAGCGCUUAAUAGAGAUCGCCAAUCACGUUGACAAGUUUUACAGACCACUGAACAUCCGGAUCGUGCUGGUAGGAGUGGAAGUGUGGAAUGACAUCGACAAAUGCUCUAUAAGCCAGGACCCAUUCACCAGCCUCCAUGAGUUUCUAGACUGGAGAAAGAUAAAGCUUCUACCUCGGAAAUCCCAUGACAAUGCUCAGCUUAUCAGUGGGGUUUAUUUCCAAGGAACCACCAUCGGCAUGGCACCCAUCAUGAGCAUGUGCACUGCAGAACAGUCCGGAGGAGUUGUCAUGGACCAUUCAGACAGCCCCCUUGGUGCCGCAGUGACCUUGGCGCAUGAGCUGGGCCACAACUUCGGGAUGAACCAUGACACACUGGAGAGGGGCUGCAGCUGCAGAAUGGCCGCGGAGAAAGGAGGUUGCAUCAUGAACCCCUCCACGGGGUUCCCAUUCCCCAUGGUGUUCAGCAGCUGUAGCAGGAAGGACCUGGAGGCUAGCCUGGAGAAGGGGAUGGGGAUGUGCCUCUUCAACCUACCAGAGGUCAAGCAGGCCUUUGGGGGCCAGAAGUGUGGAAAUGGCUACGUGGAAGAGGGAGAAGAGUGUGACUGUGGAGAACCAGAGGAAUGUACCAAUCGCUGCUGUAACGCUACCACCUGUACUCUGAAGCCAGAUGCUGUGUGCGCGCAUGGGCAGUGCUGUGAAGACUGUCAGCUGAAGCCUGCAGGGACUGCAUGCAGGGGCUCCAGCAACUCCUGUGACCUCCCAGAAUUCUGCACAGGGACCGCCCCUCACUGCCCAGCCAAUGUGUACCUACAUGAUGGCCACCCGUGUCAGGGCGUGGAUGGUUACUGCUACAACGGCAUCUGCCAGACCCAUGAGCAGCAGUGUGUCACACUAUGGGGACCAGGUGCUAAACCGGCUCCUGGCAUUUGCUUUGAGCGAGUCAACUCUGCAGGAGAUCCUUAUGGCAACUGUGGCAAAGACUCCAAGAGCGCCUUCGCCAAAUGUGAGCUGAGAGAUGCCAAGUGUGGAAAAAUCCAGUGUCAAGGUGGUGCAAGCCGACCCGUCAUUGGUACCAAUGCUGUUUCCAUAGAAACAAAUAUCCCACAGCAGGAAGGAGGUCGGAUUCUGUGCCGGGGGACCCAUGUGUACUUGGGUGAUGACAUGCCAGACCCAGGGCUUGUACUUGCAGGAACAAAAUGUGCAGAAGGAAAAAUCUGCCUCAAUCGUCGAUGUCAGAAUAUCAGUGUCUUCGGCGUUCACAAGUGUGCCAUGCAGUGCCACGGCCGAGGGGUAUGUAACAACAGGAAGAAUUGCCACUGUGAAGCCCACUGGGCUCCUCCCUUCUGUGACAAGUUUGGCUUUGGAGGAAGUACAGACAGUGGUCCCAUCAGGCAAGCAGAUAACCAGGGCUUGACUGUAGGAAUCCUGGUGAGCAUACUGUGUCUGCUCGCUGCUGGAUUUGUGGUGUAUCUCAAAAGGAAGACGUUGAUGCGGCUGCUGUUCACGCAUAAGAAAACCACCAUGGAAAAGCUAAGGUGUGUGCACCCUUCCCGGACACCCAGUGGCCCUCACCUUGGCCAGGCUCACCACUCCCUCGGAAAAGGCCUGCUGAUGAGCCGGUCACCACAUUUCAAUAGCCCCAAGGACAGGCACUCACUGAAAUGCCAGAACAUCGACAUCAGCAGGCCCCUCAACGCUCGAGCCGUCCCUCAGCCUCAGUCGCCUCAGCGAGUGCUCCUGCCUCUCCACCAGACCCCACGUGCACCCAGUGGCCCUGCCAGGCCCCUGCCCGCCAAUCCUGCAGUCAGACAGGCCCAGGGCACCCGAAAACCCAGUCCUCCUCAGAAGCCUCUGCCUGCUGAUCCACUGAGCAGGACUUCUCGGCUCACUAGUGCCUUGGUGAGAACCCCAGGGCAGCAGGAACCUGGGCACCGCCCAGCCCCCAUCAGACCUGCCCCUAAGCAUCAAGUGCCCAGACCCUCCCACAAUGCCUACAUCAAGUGAGAAGCCCAGCCCAGACCGGUCCUCAACAGUGAAGACAGAAGUUUGCACUAUCUUCGACUCCAUCGGAGUUGUCGUUGUACCAACUUUCAGAGUUUCUAACGUGUUGAAAACACCAUUCUCUCCGGACCCUGGAGUCGCUGCCAUCGGUGCUGUGCUCUGGUGCUUUGUGUACUUGCUCAGGAACUUGUAAGUUAUUAAUUUAUGCAGAGUGUCUAUUACUGCGCAGGGCGCCGUAGCAGGCAUUUGUACCAUCACAGGGCUUUUCUACAGAAGGAAGGCUCCUCAUGCUUUUGUUUUUCUGGAGGACUUGAAAUACCCUGCUUGAUGGGACCUAAGAUGAGAUGUUUACUUUCUGUUCAAGGCCUUAUCGGAAAACAGCUCUCCACCUUCCCAAGGCUGUUAUGGUACCAGAUGCACAGCUCAGGACACCCCAGGGAGAACCUGGCAUGGGUUUUCUUUGUUUGCUUUCAUUUUAUCUUUUAUUUUUUGGAAUUCCUAUCUUGGGUUGUAGCCAAGGCCUUCAGGAAGGUCUUAGGGCCGCUGCAUGCAGGUCCUGCACCCUGAGGCUCUCAGACAACAAGUAGGAUCUGCUUUGUAGCCAGCAGCUUUGGAGAGAACCUGGGGUACUGAAAAGAAGGUUUGGGGUGUGAUUAGACCAGGACAGAGACCGGAAUCCUAAUCUGGGCAAACAUCUGACCUUGAGUUGAGCAGCCAUGAGCACCUCUAGGGAGCAAGGAUGGCUGAGGUGCUGCACAAGGCUCUGCUUUGAGCGCCGGCAGGGGCUUCUCUCUGGCUGCCCUUUGCAGAGUUCGAGCUGGCAUGGCAUGUUGUUUACAUUGGGAACAGUGGUGUUUCUACAAGAAAGCCACUGCCUGGGCACUGCAGACCUCUGUCUCCUGCCCAUUUAGAGCUAAGCAAAUUACCACAUUGUCUUCUCGACUGUAAUACAAUGACCCUGUGUUCUGGCAGAUAGAGGAGGCUUUCUCUGGGACCAUAACCAUUUUCAGAUGUGAACUAGUAACCAGAUCUAGUCGAUCAACUCUGGAGAUAGAAAUCUCCUUUUUACUGCAAGGCUCAACUUAUUAAAAAUUAGGCAGAAUCCAUAUGCUUGCAAAAGCUAGAACCACAUGGAAUGCUCUUCUCAUGGCACAGCCUAAGUCUGGUAUCCUUAGUAGUAGCCAUUGGACAAAGCACCCGAAGUCACCUGUGUGUUCUCUUUAAGGCAUCCUAAUUUCUUCAGCAUAGAGACUCACUCUUUCUCACACCCUGAACAUACCUAUUAAUGAAUAAGACAGCAAGGCAAUCAGUUUCCUAAUACUGAGUUUGCUCACGAAAGGCAAACUCAGCCAGGCAACUCUUUACCUCUGCUCUUUCAGUGUGUGACUGGAAAGCUACCUUCAGAAGCAGAUCUUCAAGAUGCCUCAACCCAAUGGCAUGAAAGAUAUAUAUUUAAAUAUAUAUAUAUAAUGUAAGGCAAAAUGCCAGAGGCCUUCCCUGCCUCCAGAUGGGGUGCAGGAUGACUAGCAUUCACGUCAGAAGGUAAUUGACAGCAGUUCUGUACCUCAUCUGACUGCUUUAAGAUCAAGGCUUCUUUGGAAGGGUAACUAACACUGAUGGCUGGCCUGUGCCUUGAAGCAGAAGGGAAAAUACAGAUAAGGAAUUUGGUUUGCUUUCUAGAAUCCAAAACUGUACUCAGCAUUGGGAAGCGUAAAUAAAUCCACGUCACAGAUACAUAAAAGAACAACUCUUAUGACAUGCCCCUUUUUGUGGCACAGAGACAAUAUUGCUGCGGCUGAGAUGCAUACAAAUUUCUGUAACUGAUACGGCAUUGGGGAGUCCACAACUGUAAAGGCUUACAAAGUUGUGUGAGCGUUGUCUUGUGAGACACACAAAGCCUCAGCUAAAGCGUGUGAGCCCCUCCUCCGGGUGGCAGUGAUGGGGAGGCUAGGAACACACAAAGACAACAGAAGAGCUUUGGUUUGCGAGGACCAGAGAGAGUUUGGUUUAGAGGAAGUUGGAGCCGUGAUCUUCUGCCAUCUCCCCAGUGGCCACUAAGGAUGCCGAUGGUGCCUUACCAGCUGUGCAGUGUGGGCUGCUUGCUUUUACAGAGCCACGCAUUCAUUUCUGAAUAAGAACAUAAUGUAAUCCUGAUAUUCCCUUAUAGGACAGACUGUGUUACUAAAGGAAUUCCUCUAAGAUACAGUAGUUGUCAAUUAAACCAUAUUUAGCAGUAACUUCAAUUUUAACAAAAUUGGGAACCAAUGACCCGCAAGGGGGUUCCUCGACAGGGAGUAGUCUCUCCCUUUCUCCAUCCUUCAAAUGACAGACAUCAAAACUGACACAGGUCAGUUGCAGUCCAUCUUAUGCUUAUACACACUAGAGGUAUGACUAAAGUUGGUUGAGUCAUGGGAGACCAUCCCUGAGAAAGUACAGCCGGUCAAGAGCCUAGCCAGGAGGCGUGGCUGAACGUUCUCCUUUCUUCCCUGCACUGAGGAAUAGUUAUAGGUUAUGUGACCCCACUUCACAGGCAAGUGGGAGGCAAACCUUGCAGGCAUGCCCCUUAAAAGCUGGUCUCGGACCUACAAUAGUCCUGAGUCUGUUUUCCCAGCACAUGGAGAGCAACAAUGCAGUUUUCCAUUUCAAAAUAUGCAUGCCGAGUUUGCGCUCCCUGUGAGUGUUUCCAGGUUACACAUAUGGGAUGACAUCACAGAAACCACACAAGCAACAAAUUAAAUUCUACGGGAAGAAAUCCUCCUGACUGGUCUCUGAGGAGACAUUUUUAUGCCUUCUUAACUUUAUUAGGAACUCUCAGGCUGAAGCUAUGGGUCAUUGUUCUCCAACAAAUCAAUACAAGCCAUCAAUGCACUCUCGAAGAACUGCCAAACCCUGAUCUGUGUGAAUGUUCUUAGGAGCCUGUGAUCCCCAUGGUGCUACAAAGAGGCUGGAGCUGGGCCAACAAGAAGGCCUAAGAAUCCUCCUGCCUCUCAGCAGAUGUUUACUGAGCACUCUGAGCCAGAGACACCCGACAACCGGGAGGACGAUGGCUGGGCAAUAGGGUGCCCAGCCACUUGCAGCUCUUUCCUCUGAGGCCCGCUUCAUGUUUUAAUUCCCUUCUAUCAGGCCCCAGCCAGAGGACACUGUCUACAGUCCUCCCUCUCAGUUUCCAGAUGGCCUAAGCCAUACACAAAUGACCCAGACUAAGAAACACCAAUGGUCCCAGCAGUCCCAAGAACUGCUUUGUGAGCACUAUGACAAGUGAAAGGGUAUCACAGAGGCCAUUUUUUUCUUUUCCUUCCACUCAUACUGGAAGCCAGACCCUCUACACUCCUAGUUCCUUUACACAACUCGGCAGUGGCUCCAUUACGCCAAGGACACAGAAAAACAUGGGUACCGAUUUGCCUUUCACUCCUGCCAAUCACAAGUGCCUUACUCUGACCAGACCCCAUGCCAAAACCUCUCUCAUCCAAGAGAGACAAAUCUUUACCUUUGUUACUACUUCAAGCCAAUGUGGUAACUACUAACCUUCAAGGUUCACCUUCACCAGGACCAUAGCACAGAGCAACCACACACACACACACACACACACACACACACACACACACACACACACACCUUGAAUCUAUCCCACAGCAUAUCAACCACAGUGACCUCCCUCCCACUGCCUUGUUCUAAUUACAAGGUGAAGAUGGCCAUAGAAAAUCAAGUUAGCACUAAUUACAAAAUGCUUUUGAUGCAAUCUGAAUUUCCCAAUGGUACCUAUUGCUUUGAAACUCCGAUGAGUUAAGUAAAGCUCUGGGAUCUGUGAGCCCCAUGCUCAGAUCAUGCAGGAGACAUGGGCACACAUAUGAAUGUACCAUUUCCAUGCCUUUUGUGGAGAACAUACAUACAAACAUAAAUACUUUCAUUCACACACACAUACACACACACACACACACACACACACACUUACAUUAGGAGUAGUAAUAAGUUUAUUAUCAAACCACUUUUCUCAUAUAAGAGAAACUAGGAAGGGAAAAUGUUGAGUGUGGAAUUGUUAGAAUGCUCAGUAUGGACAGAGAUCUCCGGGAGGUCUAACACUCAGGAAUCAUUUUCAACCUGGGAAGAUUUGGCCCCUGCAAGUUGAAAGCCCUACCACCUGCCUACCUUUCUAUACCAUACAUCAUGUUCUGUGCUAUCUGAAAUUCUCCAAGAAAGUAACAUUUUGGCCCCUAAUUUAGCACACUGAAAUCGAGAUAGAGCCAAUGUCAUCUGACUUUCUUUAUAAACAGGUCAGAGGCUGGUUUAUGUCCACUGGCCUGUGUGCUGGUACUUCAUAAGGCAAUGGUCAGAAAGCACACAAAUCUCAUGAGACUAGAAACACAAUUAACAGUCCUCCCAUCAAAGCAACCUGGUAGUGCUUGGGAUAGCCGGUCAUCUGAAUAUUUGUGGCAACAAACAACACAACCUGAACUGGCCACAGACUGCUUAGCUCUGUUCUGACUAAUGUUACAUCUCAAUUAACCGGCACGGCCAUUCUGCAGGGCUUUGUCCACGGAUGGCGCUUUGGUUAGCUCAUGUUUUCAUGUUUGUAUGUUACAUGCUGUUAUUUUUGUACGCAUUUCUCAUAUGGGGGAUCUACAGGUAAACACAGCCUCCGAGUUCAG